AAAGGACAAAAGAAGUUAAAGAUUGAAAAGUUUGUAACUACUAAUUUUAGCUAACUUGUUUAUUACAACUCCAAAAAUUUGAGUUUGAGUUACCCAAUUUUUCUUCUCUUUUUCUCUUCACUACCCAAUUACUCUAUUUGUAUAUAUAUGAAGAAGUGGCCAUUGCUGUUGAAUCUGUUGUUCACUAUAUCCUUGUUGUGCUUCAGUCAUGUCUUUAUCUUCUUGCUAUUCUCAUUCUCCAUUAGCAUUUAAUAAGGACAUAAAACUCUGUAGGACAGUUGGGCAAGUGAAGCUGAAUUUUCCUUUCUCUAUCAGGAAUAAUGGUGUUGAGCUGUGUACUCGACACAUUUCACAAUGUAGAGUCGGCUUAAGUGGAGAUUGGAGUUUCAUACGUGGGUCCAGAAUUGUAUUAAAACCAAAAGCUACAACAUCAGUUCGCAAUCCGAAAAGAAGUCAAAUACAUGCUUCAUGGUUCGUAGGAUCUCAACUUGCUAGCACUGUAUUUACAUGGGGAACAAUCGCAGUGCUACCGUUUUACACACUUAUGGUUCUAGCCCCGAAAUCCGAGCUAACGAAAAAGUCUAUGGAAAGUAAUUUGCCGUAUGUAGUUCUCGGCGCUCUAUACGCUUAUUUAUUGUUCCUUUCUUGGACUCCUGAAACGGUUCAAUUGAUUUUCGCGAGUAAAUACUUACUACCUGAGCUUACCAGCAUAGGAAAAAUGUUCUCGAGUGAGUUGACUUUAGCCUCUGCAUGGAUUCACCUUUUGGUUGUCGAUCUUUUUGCUGCAAGGCAUAUUUUCCGCGAAGGACAGGAGAAUCAAAUUGAAACGCGGCAUUCAGUUUCCUUUUGUUUGUUCUUUUGCCCCAUUGGGAUUAUUACUCAUGUCAUCACCAAAGCAAUGACCAAAACUAGAAGAAAAGAGAGUCAUAGUUUAUAGAUGGUACCUUCUUCCACAAAAGAAAACAAUUAUUUUGUUUGAAGAUUAAGAAUUUGAGGAUGUCAUGUUUUAUAAUUUCAUUGGUACAUUUUUUUAUCUUUCAAUCAAAAUUUUACUUAA